AUGCCCCUCAACUAUCUCCUUUCCUUCUUCGUUCCAGCUCACCGCUCCUUCACCAGCCUUCUGCUUCUCCAGACGACUUCUCUUCUUCCUUCUUCUCCAACCAGCCAUGUUCUCACUUUCUCCAAUCAAUCGAACCUCUUUCUCCCUCCCUCGGCCUCACAGGAGCGUAAAGAGAAGAAUCAACGGCUAAUGGCAUAUGAGAGUAGUGACGGGAUGAAUGGAACGACGACAAGGAGCGGGAAGAAAAGAAUCAGCUGCAGAUAG